UAAUCUGAGUACUUCUUCCUCCGCUCUCUAGAAGUCAGACUCAUCAAAAAUGUCUGAACCGAGUGAGAAACGUCUGCAGCGCCUCUCGCUCUCCUCCAGUCCAGCAGAGGUCGCUGUUCGCUGUUCGCGCUCCUCCAAGCGAACUGUCGUCGACGCGGAACUCGGUGUCUCUGUUUACCUCCCCGCUGGCUCUCUUUGUUCGCUGGAAGCCUCAAACUGCGCAGAAAAGGAGGAAAAUGUGCGCCGUGCAGCUGCUGCGGGUGUCGGUACACGAGCGGAUCAGCGCCGCCGCUGAAGACUUUCUGCUGCGGGUGGAAAAGGGAGAAGACGCGGCUGAAAUCCCGGCGCUGAGAGCGCUGCUCACCGAGCGGCUAACGGCGGCGGCGGAGGAGAUUGUCGGUCUGUUUGAGGAAACCGUGGCGGAGUACGAAGACCGAGUGGAGCGGUCGGAGCGGGAGAUCUGCCGCCAGAGGAGGCUGCUCGACGCCGUGCUGAAGCCCGAAGUCAGGCUGCACCGAGCAGUGUGUCCUGCAGACGUCCAGCAGCUGUUGGUGAGGAAAGAGAUUUCCGCUGAGCAGGAGGAGUGGAGCUCCAAUCUGGACCAGGAGGACCCACCAGAGCCCCCACACAUUAAGGAGGAACAGGAAGAACUCUGGACCGGUCAGGAGGGAGAGCAGCUUCAAGGGCUGGAGGAGGCCGAUAUCACCAAGUUCACAUUCACUCCUGACCCUGUGAAGAGUGAAGAUGAUGAUGAUGAUGAAGAGAAACCUCAGUCCUCACAGCUUCAUCAAAACCAGACUGAGAACAGAGAUUCUGUGGGAGGAGAGGACUGUGGAGGACCAGAACCAGCCAGGAACUCAGAUCCAGACAGACAUUUACAACCAGUUAGUGAAGACAAUUCUCCAGCCUCUACUGAAACUGAUGACAGUGAUUGUGAUUGGACACAGUCCAGUGAAGCUCAGUCAGGUAUAGAGAUUGUUAAAAACAGUGAAGCUCCUGACACUGAUAUAGGAUCUUCAAUGAAAGAGCGGCCGUUUCCUUGCUCGUACUGUGGUAAAAGAUUUAGCCUCAAGGGUAACUUGAAUAGACACAUCAGAGACCACACGGGCGAGAGACCAUUUCCCUGCACAGGUUGUGAUAAAUCAUUUAAAGACAGUGGAUCAUUAACGGCACACAUGAGGUGUCACACUGGAGAGCAGCCGUACAGCUGCUUGUUCUGUGGGAAGAAUUUCAGUGGAAGGGGAAACAUGACCAGACACAUGAGAAUCCACACAGGAGAGAAACCAUUUACCUGCUCGGUGUGUAAUAAAAGUUUUCACGUUAAAGAACACCUCAACAGACACAUGAAGUACCACACGGGGGAAAAACCAUUCAGUUGCUCUGUCUGUGGUAAAGGUUGUGCUCAGAAAACAGACCUGAAAAAACACAUGAGAGUCCACACGGGAGAGAAACCGUUUAGUUGUCCAUUCUGCGGAAAGUGCUGUGCUGAAAAAGGAGACUUGACCAAACACAUGAGAGUCCACACAGGAGAGAAACCAUUCAGUUGCAAUAUCUGUGGUAAAAGUUGUGCCCAAAAGGGGAGCCUGAAGAUUCACAUGAGAAUCCACACAGGAGAGAAACCUUUCAGCUGCUCAGUCUGCGGCAAAUGUUUUACAGUUACCGGACAUCUAAAGAGACACAUGAAGCUCCACACAGCAGACAGUCAAGUGACCGAGUCUGCAGAUUCUUAUUCAGGCAGCACAAAGUCAGACUCAUCAAAAAUGUCUGAACCGAGUGAGAAACGUCUGCAGCGCCUCUCGCUCUCCUCCAGUCCAGCAGAGGUCGCUGUUCGCGCUCCUCCAAGCGAACUGUCGUCGACGCGGAACUCGGUGUCUCUGUUUACCUCCCCGCUGGCUCUCUUUGUUCGCUGGAAGCCUCAAACUGCGCAGAAAAGGAGGAAAAUGUGCGCCGUGCAGCUGCUGCGGGUGUCGGUACACGAGCGGAUCAGCGCCGCCGCUGAAGACUUUCUGCUGCGGGUGGAAAAGGGAGAAGACGCGGCUGAAAUCCCGGCGCUGAGAGCGCUGCUCACCGAGCGGCUAACGGCGGCGGCGGAGGAGAUUGUCGGUCUGUUUGAGGAAACCGUGGCGGAGUACGAAGACCGAGUGGAGCGGUCGGAGCGGGAGAUCUGCCGCCAGAGGAGGCUGCUCGACGCCGUGCUGAAGCCCGAAGUCAGGCUGCACCGAGCAGACGUCCAGCAGCAGUCGGUGAGCAAAGGGAAGCUUCCUCCUGAGCGGCAGAAGUGGAGUCUGGACCAGGAGGACCAGGAGCCCCAACACAUUAAAGAGGAAAAGGAGGAACUCUGGAACAGUCUGGAGGGAAAGCAGCUUCAAGGACUGGAGGUUCCCAGGUUCACAUUCAGUCCUGACCCUGUGAAGACUGAAGAAGAUGAUGAUGAUGAUGAUGAUGAUGAAGAGAAACCUCAGACCUCACAGCUUCAUCAAAGCCAAACUGAGACCAGAGAUUCUGUGGAAGGAGAGGACUGUGGAGGAUCAGAGCAAGCCAGGAACUCAGAUCCAGAUGGACAUUUGGAACCAAUUAGUGAUGACAAUUCUCCAGACUCCACUGAAGUCAGUGAUGAUGACUGGAAGGAGACCGGGAAACUGUCGGGUUUGAAGACUCUCAAAAAUAAUAGAGUUCCUGCCAGUGAUAUGAGAUGUAGUUCUGGUGAGAAACCAUUUAGCUGUUCUGAAUGUGAUAAAACAUUUAGCUACAGUUACCUUCUGGGGAGACACAUGAGAACUCAUACAGGAGAAAAACCAUUCAUUUGCUCAUUUUGUGGUAAAAGAUUUUCACAAAAGGGAAACAUGGUUUACCACAUGGGCCGCCACACAGGAGAGAAACGAUUCAGCUGCAGUGUUUGUGACAGAAGAUUUACUUGGCUCUCGGGGGUCAAAAGACACAAGUGUGCUGAUGACACAUUUGUGUCUGUUGGUGAAACAGAAGCUGAUGGAGAGGACUGUGGAGGACCAGAACCAGCCAGGAACUCAGAUCCAGACAGACAUUUACAACCAGAUACUAAGGACAAGGCUUCCGAGUCUUCUGAGACUGAGACUGAAGACAGUGAUGGUGAUUGGCAGAAGACCAGGAAACUUCAGUCCGGUCAUACUGGCGAUGCUGUUAAUACCAACAAGAAACCAUUAAGGUGCUUCAGAUGUGGUAAAAUGUUUGGCUGCAAGAAAACUCUGCUGGCACACAUGAGAUAUCAUGCAGCAGAAAAACCUUUCAGAUGUUCAGUUUGUGAGAAACGUUUUUCAUGGAGUGACAGUUUACAGAAACACAUGAAAAUCCACAGGGGAGAGAAACCGUUCAGCUGCUCCGUGUGUGGUAAAACUUUCAUUCAAAAGGGAAAUCUGCAGGUACACAUGAGAACUCACACAGGAGAGAAACCAUUCAACUGCUCCAUUUGUGAUAAAAGAUUUGCUCAGCGCUCGCACUUAGUUGAUCACAUGAGAUGUCAUACAGGAGAAAAGCCUUUCAGCUGUUCGGUUUGUGAGAAACGUUUUAGGUUUAGAGGGGGUGUUGUGAGACACAUGAAAAUCCACAUGGGACAAGCCAGUCAGCUGCAGGGUUUGUCACAAGAGAUUUACUCAGAAGUCGGGACUGAGAUACCUUAAAUGUGUUGUCGCGAGCAGCAGCGGGACAUGAAGCCGUGCGAUCAGCUGUUACAGAAAAAAGAAAUAAGAUGGAGACAAACCAUGUUAUCCACAACAUUAUAAGUGACAGAAAUGAGGUCUCUAGAUGAGAAUGAUUCCUCCAAAGGGCAGAAUGUAGCUCUUCUGAAUAGGAACAGGAGCAUUUGCAGUCCCAAGUCCAAUAUUUACUCAUUUUCUGCUCCACCAGCUCUUAGCAGAUAUUUGACGUUACAUAAUGCUGUGAGAAUUCAAGGUCACAUGACCCAGUAGGAGACCAGGAACUCUGCCAAACUGUUGCCUUAUAUCUAUUAUUGUAGCAGAGGCACAUUCAGUGCUGCAGUCAGUUUACAUUUAGUGUUCAAAUACAAAAAAGAAAAUUUAAAAAAAAGUUAACUGGUUAAACAAGAUAAAAACUAAAGCACUGCAUGGACCUCGGGUGGUGUGAAACAUUUACAAAACCAGAUGAACUGUUGUUUGAAAGGUCAUUGUGAGCAAAAUUUUAGGUUUCACCUGUGUAUUGAGUAGAAUGAUGAUUCUUUACCUGGUGUGUGCUUUGAAAUAUCCACAGAGUCUGCGUCUUCUAACGUAAAACCAGAGAACGUCUCUCUCUCUCUGUGUCAGUAGACCCUUCUCAUGAUAGCAGAACCAACAGGUACGGGAGGGCAGAGCGAGGGGAGAUUGUCCACUAGUUAAAUCGAUCCCGGACGGGGUCGUUCUUUCGGACAGAAAAAAUAAUUAAAAAUACUAAAAUCGCUUGCCAAAUAGCCGCCCAGGUAUGCUAAUAUACCUUUGCCCAAGUUAAGUGUGUGUUUGGGGAACACUGCUGAAUGUUUUAUAGUUAAAUAAAUAAAUAAAUAAAUUGUUUUACCCAAACGAAGGAUCUUUAAUUUUCAAAAAAUUAAUAUUUCCACUAGUUUUCACUUUCUUGCAACCAACUGUUUCUGUGUCGUCUUAAUAAAGUUUUAUCACAUCCAGAAGUUACUUGGUCCUCCAUUUAAAAAGAAAAAAAAAAAAAAAAGUCGGAUUUUGUUAAAUGUAGCUUCAGAAAUGAAAAACCCACAUUUUAAGAUAUUUUGACUGGAUAUUUUCCCAAGAAGGAUUAUUUAAAUUUCCUUGAAGAUUUUUAUGAUAAAGUGCUCAUAUUCAUUGCAGAUAUAUCAAAAAUGUAAAGAUGUUAUAUUAUUUCUUAAUCAGCUUUUCUUACGCUUGUAACUUAGAGGACAAAGCUAGAGAAAGAUUAAAUAUUUAAAAUGGAAAUUUUAGUUAAGCACAGAAACACAAACGUCAUUGUCAGUCUAAGCACAAGGUUUAAAGUCAGCAACAUAUUCAAAGUGUAUGACAAAAUAAUCCGUCUUGGGAAAAUAUCAGCAAAAUCUGUGGCACAGGUUGAUGGAAACAAAGUGAAAACUAGUGGAGAUAUUAAUUUUGAAAAUGAAAGAUUCUUCGUUUGGGUAAAUGUAUUUAUUUUUAUUAAUUUGAUAACUAUAAAACCUUCAGCAACAAAUAUUAACAUGAAUACACGUAAAUGAUCCCGAUGGUUUCUGGGAUGUUCAGUACAGAUCUCAACCCAAUCCAGUGAAAAGUAAGUGACUGUUUUCAGCCUCACCAAAGAAUCACAGGAAUGAUCAACUUUAGCUCCAAGGGACAAACCUCCGAAAUUCAUAACUAAAACAGUGUUUGGAGUAGAGCUGUAGGACUUUGCAAGGUCCUGUGAAUUUAAUAGUUUUCACAUGAAUUUUUUCAAGAAAGUCCAUGACAUGAGGUGGGAGGUCCUCGGUGAGUUGGUAUGGAAUAACCCGAAUUUAAAAAAAAAACGUUAUUACUGUCAGUUUAUGGUUCUGUGUAAAUAAACAUUCAGGCUGCUAUUAAUAAAAUGUAUUUUAGAAUACUG